AUGUCUAGUCUACACUCGCGCCGCCGGCGAACACUGCUCCUCUUCGCGCUUGCCGCCAGCGUCGUGGUGGGAGGGGUCUCUGCGCUCAGGAAUGAGAAAGCCCCCCUGGUCAUCUCGGACGCCGAUAUCCGCCAAUGCGAGCCGGUGCAGCGGCUGGGCGCGCUGAAGGAGGAGCUCGAAGCGGAGCAGUCGCCCAUCAUGCGGCAGGUGUUCGCAUGGCUCUUCCCCUUUGGUCCCGGAUGGAAUUCUAUUCUUGGCACGUUCUAUAUAUCCUCAGUCCCUAAUUUCAUCCUGGCGUUCAUCCCCGCGCAAAUCAACCCGAAUACCCUGAACACCAUGACAGCCUUUGCGACAGGCGGUCUGCUGUCCGACGUCUUCCUGCACCUCGUGCCACACUCGUUUAUGGGGGAGCACCAGGAGGGCGGCGUGCAUUUCGUGAUGGUAGAGGAGAAGCGCAACAUUCUGAUCGGUCUCGGGAUCUUCGUCGGCUUCGCGUCGUUUUUCAUCAUGGAGAAGACGCUGCGUGUGCUCGGUGGGGACGAGGAGGGCGCAGGGCAUUCCCAUAGCCACUCGCAUUCUCCCAGCGGUGAGUCUACGCACGGUAGCUCGUCGAGCGUGGCCGUCGCCGGUGACGCGUCCGGCCUGAAGUCGCGCGGCUCCGACAAAGCCGAAGGCAAGGAGAGCGCUGCCGCAGCGUCCCAUGAGGACAGCAAGUCGCCCGCGCAGACGUCGAAGCUCUCGGCGUACCUGAACCUGUUCGGCGACUUCGUGCACAACAUAACCGACGGCCUCGCUAUGGCCGCGUCCUUUUACUCAUCGCCGCUCAUUGGGGCGACGACGACCCUCGCGUGCUUCGCGCACGAAAUCCCGCAUGAGAUCGCGGACUACUCGAUCCUCAUUCGCAGCGGCUUCACGAAAAAGCAGGCGAUGCAGUCCCAAUUUCUCACCGCCAUCGGUGCCUUUGUUGGCACGUUCAUGGGCAUCGGGAUCCGGAACCUGUCGGCCUCCUCAGAGGUAGAAGGGCAGGUAUCCGAUCUGGCCGCCGCGAUCCGGCAGACUGCCGCUGGCAUUCUCGGGACGACCGUGCAGCUAGCGGAUCUCGUGAUCCCGUUCGUGGCAGGAGGGUUCAUGUACAUCGGCGCGGUCGCGGUGUUGCCCACGCUUCUCCAGGACAGCAAGAGCGGGGCACAGGCGCUGCGUGAGUUCGCGGCGAUGUUCUUUGGGGUGGCGUGUAUGUUCCUCGUCGCGUGA